GCAUUUCGGUCUCCACGUUGGUCAGGCUGGUCUCGAACGCCCGACCUCAGGUGAUCCUCCUGCCUUGGCCUCCCAAAGUGUUGGGAUUACAGGCGUGAGCCACCGCGCCCGGCCGGUUCACACCCUUUAUUUGUAUUUAUUUAUUUUUUUGAGACAGGGUCUCACUUUGCCGUCCAGUCUCGAGUGCAGUGGUGCCAUCUCGACUCACUGCAACCUCGACCUCCUGGGCUCAAGGGAUCUUCCUACCUCAGCCUCCCGAGUACCUGGGACCACAGAUGCGAGCCACUGCCCGGCUAAUUUUUGUAUUUUUUUGUAGAGACCGGAUUUCGCCAUGUUGCCGAGGUUGGUCUCUAACUCCUGGGCUGAACCUAUCCUCCCGCCUCAGCCUCCCAAAGUGCUGGGACGACAGGCUUGAACCACCACGCCCGGCCUGGUUCACACCCUUUAAUGGCACUUACCACAUACUGCUAGGCAUUGAGGUUAUUUCUGAAACAUCUCUUCUUUUCUACUAGAUUCUAUGAGGGCAGGAACUAGGUCUUAUUUUUUUCUGAGGACAAGGACUGUUAGACAAGUGUAUGGAGACGCAUGUAGACCAACUGCCUUACUUCCUCUUUCCUCUGGGUUUACUUCUUCCUCCAAGAGGAGGGUUGUGUGUGUGAGCGGGGCGACUGGAAAACAUAGUGUUCAGGACGUUGUAUCUUGUUCCAGGAACUAAGUACAUGCCUGGGUAACUAAUGUGGAGUACCUCUCCUUCCCCUGUUGCUAUCGCCCCUCUGUGGCUGCUUGGCAAGUAGCUCAGUAUGAAGAGCUGACGGAAUUCUGCGGUGGGCCAGGUGGCUCUGGCGUCGAUUGUUUAAGGCGACUGUUAAUGACUACAGCACACCAUUGAGUCUUGGUCCCAAGGCGCUGGUGCACAUGGUACUUCCCGAAAUCCCUGUAGGGCCGCCGGAGCAGGAGCCCCGAUCCCACGUUUGGGCAGCUGACUCGCCUAAGGCCUCCAGUUGAAAGCGGAAUGGCAGGGGUGAGAAUGAGCAGACCUAACUACCGGGCUUCUCGCACCUGGCCUGCAUUUAUUUAGGACCAGGAUAACCUCGAAGUCCAGGCUGGGGUGCCCGAUGGGUCGUGGGCUUGCUGUCUAACUCCCUGAGAUCGGCGGGCUGAACAGAGAUUUGAAGUGUAGCGCCAUCCUAAGCAAAGGAAGGAGGCCCGACGGCCGCGUAACGGGCGGCAGGGCGGGAGGAAGUAGCAGCUGCUGCUCCCCGCCCACCCCUCUCGCGUGUGCCUUUCCGCUCCACUGUUCGCCGGUGAGCUAGGUGGCGCGAGAGGGGAGGGGAGAAAAGACAGAGGCUGCAGGAGCCGAAGGCCGCGGCUCGAGGUGGGGCAGGGGCUGGCACGCGAGCGUGCGUGCGUGGGCGCGGUCUAUAGCACGCCGCGCGCGGGGCGGAUGUCCGGGCCGGCUGGGCCGGGGCCGCGGACGAGAUGGCGGAAGGUGGAGGCUGCCGUGAGCGACCGGAUGCGGAGACUCAGAAGUCCGAGCUUGGAGCCUUAAUGAGGACCACACUCCAACGCGGGGCGCAGUGGUAUCUUAUUGACAGCCGGUGGUUCAAGCAGUGGAAGAAGUAUGUGGGCUUUGACAGCUGGGACAUGUAUAAUGUAGGUGAACAUAACCUAUUUCCUGGCCCAAUAGACAACUCUGGGCUAUUUUCAGAUCCUGAGAGUCAGACCUUGAAAGAACACUUAAUUGAUGAAUUGGACUACGUAUUGGUCCCCACCGAGGCCUGGAAUAAACUACUAAACUGGUACGGCUGUGUAGAAGGCCAGCAACCCAUCGUCAGAAAAGUCGUGGAGCAUGGCCUGUUUGUCAAGCACUGCAAAGUCGAGGUGUAUUUGCUGGAACUGAAGCUCUGCGAGAACAGUGACCCCACCAAUGUGCUGAGUUGCCAUUUCAGCAAGGCAGACACCAUUGCAACCAUCGAGAAAGAGAUGCGGAAGCUGUUCAACAUCCCUGCGGAGCGUGAAACACGGCUCUGGAACAAAUACAUGAGCAACACCUACGAGCAGUUGAGCAAGCUAGACAACACUGUCCAGGAUGCUGGGCUAUACCAGGGUCAGGUGCUGGUAAUUGAGCCUCAAAAUGAAGAUGGCACAUGGCCCAGGCAGACCUUGCAGUCAAAAUCAAGCACUGCGCCUAGCAGAAAUUUUACUACCUCUCCAAAAUCAUCGGCAAGUCCCUAUUCCUCAGUGUCUGCCUCUCUCAUUGCAAAUGGUGAUAGCACUAGCACCUGUGGGAUGCACAGUUCCGGUGUCAGCAGGGGUGGAUCUGGCUUUUCUGCUUCGUAUAAUUGUCAGGAGCCACCAUCCUCUCAUAUACAACCUGGGCUCUGUGGACUUGGAAACCUGGGAAACACCUGCUUCAUGAACUCUGCUUUACAGUGCUUGAGCAACACUGCACCACUGACUGACUACUUUCUCAAAGAUGAGUAUGAAGCCGAAAUCAACAGAGACAACCCUCUGGGGAUGAAAGGGGAAAUUGCAGAAGCCUAUGCCGAACUCAUUAAGCAGAUGUGGUCUGGAAGGGACGCCCAUGUGGCACCUCGCAUGUUCAAAACUCAAGUGGGACGUUUUGCUCCUCAAUUUUCUGGCUACCAGCAACAAGAUUCUCAGGAGCUGCUGGCCUUUCUUCUAGAUGGAUUGCAUGAAGAUCUGAACCGAGUAAAGAAAAAGCCCUACUUGGAGCUGAAGGAUGCCAAUGGGCGGCCAGACGUGGUGGUGGCAAAGGAAGCCUGGGAGAAUCACAGGUUGAGGAAUGAUUCUGUGAUUGUGGAUACUUUCCAUGGCCUCUUCAAAUCUACUUUGGUUUGCCCAGAAUGUGCUAAGGUUUCUGUGACCUUUGACCCAUUUUGCUAUCUAACGCUGCCACUGCCCUUGAAGAAAGAUCGAGUUAUGGAGGUUUUCCUCGUUCCUGCUGACCCUCACUGCAGACCUACUCAGUACCGUGUGACUGUGCCGCUGAUGGGGGCUGUGUCCGACCUGUGCGAGGCUCUCUCCAGGCUGUCUGGCAUUGCUGCAGAAAAUAUGGUGGUCGCAGAUGUGUAUAAUCACCGAUUCCACAAAAUUUUCCAAAUGGAUGAAGGUUUAAACCACAUCAUGCCUCGGGAUGACAUUUUCGUGUAUGAGGUCUGCAGCACUUCCGUGGACGGCUCAGAAUGUGUCACGCUUCCAGUCUACUUCAGGGAGAGGAAGUCCAGGCCAUCAAGCACUUCCUCCGCAUCAGCGCUAUAUGGGCAGCCACUGUUGCUUUCUGUCCCCAAGCACAAGUUAACCCUUGAGUCUUUGUACCAGGCUGUUUGUGAUCGUAUCAGCCGCUAUGUGAAACAGCCUUUACCUGAUGAAUUUGGCAGCUCACCCUUGGAGCCAGGGGCCUGCAAUGGCUCCAGGAACAGCUGUGAAGGAGAAGAUGAGGAAGAAAUGGAGCAUCAGGAAGAAGGCAAAGAGCAGCUUUCAGAAACAGAAGGCAGUGGGGAAGAUGAGCCAGGAAGUGACCCCAGUGAGACCACCCAAAAGAAGAUCAAAGGCCAGCCCUGCCCAAAAAGGCUUUUUACCUUCAGUCUUGUGAACUCCUAUGGAACAGCUGACAUAAAUUCACUUGCAGCUGAUGGAAAACUACUUAAACUCAACUCUCGAUCUACACUGGCCAUGGAUUGGGACAGUGAAACUCGGAGCCUUUACUAUGAUGAGCAAGAAUCUGAGGCCUACGAGAAGCAUGUGAGCAUGUUGCAGCCUCAGAAGAAGAAGAAGACCACAGUGGCCCUGAGAGACUGCAUUGAGCUCUUCACCACCAUGGAGACCCUUGGGGAGCAUGACCCCUGGUACUGUCCCAACUGUAAGAAGCAUCAACAGGCCACAAAAAAGUUUGACCUAUGGUCCUUGCCCAAGAUCCUGGUGGUCCACCUCAAACGUUUCUCCUACAACAGAUACUGGAGGGAUAAGCUCGACACAGUCGUAGAAUUCCCAAUCAGAGGGCUGAACAUGUCCGAGUUUGUCUGUAACCUGUCAGCAAGGCCUUAUGUGUAUGACCUCAUUGCCGUGUCCAAUCAUUAUGGAGCCAUGGGGGUUGGCCACUACACUGCAUAUGCGAAGAACAAACUGAAUGGGAAAUGGUAUUACUUUGAUGAUAGCAACGUGUCCCUGGCCUCUGAGGAUCAGAUAGUGACUAAAGCAGCUUAUGUGCUCUUUUACCAACGUCGAGAUGAUGAAUUUUAUAAGACACCUUCACUUAGCAGUUCUGGUUCCUCUGAUGGAGGGACACGACCAAGCAGCUCUCAGCAGGGCUUGGGGGAUGAUGAGGCUUGCAGCAUGGACACCAACUGAUGCUGACUCCAUGAUCCUGCCACCUUGUAGCGCCAGUGUGAUCCCCCAGGAGAACAUCUUUGACACUCUGCAGACUGCUAGUGUUCUGUCUAAAAACCAGACAAGGGAAUACCCUUCUUUUAUGAGCAGAAGGAAAAAAAAAAAAAAGACCGUUUACCUAGAAGAAGCUAUGUCAAGAGGCUGAAUUAUUUUUAUUUUUAAACAGGUGGUGAGAAAUUUCUGUAAAACCUGUGAAGCUGAAAAGGGGGUGGGAUGGGGGUACACAAUGGAGUAUGUCUGAUGGAUCCCAAAGAAUGGAGAGGAACACAGGCGCUGAGUAUGGAGCAGCCUGGAGACCCACCCCACCUGCAGGGCUGCCCUGAGCGCCUGGAUUUCUGGUUCUGAUGCCGAUACUGGUCACCCCAAGUAGUCUGCUCACAGUAACCCAAGCCUCAAGUAAACUCCCCUUUCCGUCGCUAUGUGCACUGAUAAGGGUUUAUAAUUUUCUGAAAGUUACCCACUGAAGCCCAUUUCUCCGUUGAGUCAUCUUGUAAUUUCCAGCUUUCUCCCCGCUAAGGAAAUGAAGAUACCUAGUGUUGGGGAUCCUGGCCCCUCAACCUCCUGUGGAGCCCAGCAGUUCUGUUAUAUCCCCUGCUACCCGAGAUGAAUUAAGACGGUUAAAUACUGUGUGGAACUUUUAUUAGAUAACGCUUAAAGGAAGUCGGUACAUAAAA